AGUCUUCCACCAAUUGUAUUUACUUGAUUGUGCCAAUCUUCAGAUUGACGCUGCCACAAAUCAGGGAGAGAGACUGGGCAGGCGCUAAGGGUAUUCUCCAGCUGAUCAGAGAAAGCAGGAAGGAUUGGGAGAGCAUCUCUGUAGCGACCAUCCCCAGCUGGAAGAAAAUGAAUUGAUUUAUUUUAGAAAGCUAAACAGAACGCUGUGAUCCUAUAUUUAUAACACAGCUUGUUUGGUCGUCUGUCAAGAGCGAGAGUGGAUUCAACGAAAACAGCAGUUGCGUGAGAUAGAGCCCUGUCCCCUGCCACUAUCUCCUUCUCUGUUUACCAGAAAGUUCCACUCCGCUCCUGGCCACGGAACGGCCCUUUUCCAACUGCACUGCCAGAAGGAGACGCUGAGAAAAGCAACAGUUUCAGAGUCUGAGCUGGAUUCAAUGAGGGAACCAGAGCGGGAGGAGCAGCCUGACAACGCCAACAUGCCUCCCAAGUUUAAACGACACCUCAACGAUGAAGAGGUCACUGGAUCCAUACGCAGCGAGAGGAGGAACCUGUUGGAGGAAGACUCUGAUGAAGAGGAGGACUUCUUCCUGAGGGGACCAACUGGACCCAGAUUUGGAGCCGGAAAUGACAAAAUCAGACAAGUUCAGUCGCAGGUUGAUGAGGUCAUCGAUGUGAUGCAGGAGAACAUCUCCAAGGUGAUCGACAGGGGAGAGCGACUGGAGGACCUGCAGGACAAGUCAGAGAGCCUAUCAGACAACGCGUCAGCCUUCAGCAGCCGAGCCAAGCAGCUGCACAGGAGGAUGUGGUGGAGAGACAUGAAGAUGAAGGCCAUCAUAGCUCUGGUGGUGGUCGUUCUGCUACUUAUCAUCAUCAUUCCGGUGAUCUUGCGGUAUCGCUAGUGUUUCGCCAGGAUGAGGAAGAAUCUCUCGAUCCUUCUCCUCUUCCUCCCAUUCUCCUGCACAAAGUCCUCCACACCAGCUAGGGGGCACCAUCUGCCCAUAACCACAGAUCUAAGAUCAGCUCACCCUCUCCCAAUGCUAACCUUUACCGUUAGGAUGGAAAACACACAACUGACCUAAGAUCAGUGUCUACUAGGGACCACUUCAUCCUACUCUGUGACAAGGGUGACACAGGAAGCAUUACGUUGGUGUUACGUAAGGGUUGGGUUUGCGUCCCAAAUGAUAUUUUAUUUAGGGAAUAGGGUGUCAUUUGAGAUGCUGCCUGUGUCUGACACCUAAUCAAACUAAAGGAGAACUCCAUUCAGUACAUAAUACAUAUCAGCUAGUCGUUAAGUUUCAUAUCAUGUAGUCAGACUGAUUCUAAUGAUAGUGAGACUUUCAGUCAAUCUGUUUUCUCCAGUCAGUCCAUCAGCAGCUUAGAAACCGGUUAUACAGGACUUGUAGCACACCAAAAUAUUUGGAGAUUAAGAAUGGAACCCCUACCACCUCCCAUCUCACAUGUUUAGAAUGCUUUCAAGCCAAAACUGAUGAGGCAAUGGCUAAAUCUUAAUACACUACAGUGGCCUCCUACUUGUCUCCUUUCCUUCUUUCCUUUUCUUCACCCAGUUUGAUCUGACACUAGCGGGACUGGUUCAAGCCAGUGAGAGGAAGCCACUGUGGAGUAUUGGGACAACGUGUGUCCUACUGACAUGUGUUACUGCUUGGCCACUGCUGAUCUCAUUUCCUGUUAGUAACACUAUGCUAGCUGUCUCUCUCCAGAUGGUUGAAUUUGACCGUUUCUGUGGUAUUGAGUUCUGUUGGAAGGUGAAGCUUCUGAAUGUCUGCUGCUAUUCCCAUUACCCCUGAGGAGCUACGGGACAGACACUGUUCAUUCCACUGCAUCUGCUGGAGGCGUCUGGUACCACUUGUUUAUUCUGUGUGCGCGCGUGUGAUUUUCCUAGUCUGCCCUGUAUUGAGAUUGCGUGCCCUCGGUAUCCAAUCAUGCACAGCUUGUGAUGCGGGUCACCAGUACUGCCACACCACAGCAGCAGAACAUUUAAUUAACACUUGAUUUAAAUCAGAGAUGUUCAGUCUGGUUGGCUGAUUGUUCGGUCUGGUUUGCUUAUUUCCUUAUAAAAUCAUAGACUUCGGAAGGUGCUGCAGAAGCAGCCCUGAUAAAUUUAAAUGAAUGUGCCAGAGUUAUAGAAUUCCAACCGUCUGUUCAGAAAGAAAUGAAAUAAUUCCGAAUAGUCUACUACACCAGGAGUAGGCCUAUAAUAUAGCCACAGAGGAUCAAUAAAUAAAAAAUGUAAUGGCCUAGCUGUGGAUUGUAGCCCAA